GAGAGAGAGCGAGAGAGGGAGGGAGAGAAAUUUUGAAAAGACCGGCAGGAGGAGCGGGACUUGCUAUAAGGACACAAGCGACUCUUAAAUCCAUCCGUUUCUCUAUUUUUACGCAAGAGAUUGGAAGAAACAAACAAACCGAGACCAGCGAGUGAGAAAAGUAGCGCGUCUUCGCCGGUCUUUUACAUUAUUUAAAAUAAAUCUCAGACACACUUGGGGGAUCACGGAGCCACCAUGAUAAGAGCUGUGGAUGUUGUGCUGGUUUUGCUGCUCGCCGUGUCCCUGUCGUGCAGGAGCGCCUCUGGAGGGUACGGGAUGAGCAUGUUUGCAGCACAGACCUCUCCUCCGGAUCCCUGCUACGACGAACACGGCAACCCGCGGCGCUGCAUCCCGGACUUCGUCAACUCCGCCUUCGGGAAGGAAGUGAGGGUGUCCAGUACCUGCGGCAAGACGCCGAGUCGCUACUGCCUGGUGACCUCUGCCGAGACAGGAGAGGAGAAAACCAGAAACUGUCACACCUGCGACGCCUCUGACCCCAAGAAGUAUCACCCACCAGCGUAUCUAACGGAUCUUAACAACCCUCACAACCUCACCUGCUGGCAGUCUGAGAACUUCAUCCAGUACCCGCAAAAUGUCACCCUGACUCUGUCCCUCGGCAAGAAGUUUGAGGUAACGUAUGUGAGCCUACAGUUCUGCUCGCCCCGACCCGAAUCCAUGGCUAUUUACAAGUCCAUGGACUACGGGAAAACUUGGGUACCCUUUCAGUUUUACUCUACCCAGUGCAGGAAGAUGUAUAACAAGCCCAACAGGGCCGUUAUCACAAAACAGAACGAGCAGGAGGCAGUCUGCACGGACUCACACACCGACAUCUACCCUCUGACCGGCGGGCUCAUCGCCUUCAGCACGCUGGACGGCAGACCGUCGGCGCAUGACUUUGACAACUCCCCGGUGCUGCAGGACUGGGUCACAGCCACGGACAUUAAGGUCAUCUUCAGCAGGUUGCACACUUUCGGCGACGAGAAUGAGGACGACUCGGAACUGGCCCGGGACUCGUAUUUCUACUCAGUGUCGGACCUGCAGGUCGGAGGGAGAUGCAAAUGCAACGGACACGCAUCUCGGUGCGUAAAGGACCGAGACGGGAAUCUGGUGUGUGAGUGUAAGCACAACACCGCCGGGCCCGAGUGCGACAGGUGCAAACCUUUUCACUACGACAGACCGUGGCAGAGAGCCACAGCCAGGGAGGCCAACGAGUGUGUCGCCUGCAACUGCAACCUUCACGCCCGAAGGUGUCGUUUCAACAUGGAGCUCUACAAACUGUCGGGGAGGAAGAGCGGAGGAGUCUGCCUCAACUGUCGCCACAACACGGCAGGUCGCCACUGCCACUAUUGCAAGGAGGGCUACUACAGAGACCUGUCGAAGCCCAUCUCACACAGAAAAGCCUGCAAAGCAUGUGAUUGCCAUCCCGUGGGUGCUGCUGGCAAAACCUGUAACCAAACCACAGGACAAUGUCCCUGUAAAGACGGCGUGACUGGUAUCACGUGCAACCGCUGUGCUAAAGGCUACCAGCAGAGCCGCUCGCCCAUUGCCCCCUGCAUAAAGAUUCCAGUCACACCUCCUACAACCCCAUCCAGCAGCACGGAGGAGCCAUCAGACUGUGACUCUUACUGCAAGGCAUCCAAAGGCAAACUUAAAAUCAACAUGAAGAAGUACUGCAAGAAAGAUUACGCUGUCCAAGUGCACAUCCUGAAAGCGGACAAAUCCGGUGAGUGGUGGAAAUUUACUGUCAACAUCAUCUCCGUCUACAAGCAGGGAGAGAGCCGCAUCCGCCGUGGGGACCAGUUUCUGUGGGUCCGUGCCAAAGACGUGGCCUGCAAGUGUCCAAAGAUCAAGCCUGGGAAGAAGUACUUGCUGCUGGGAAAUGAUGAGGACUCCCCUGGCCAGGGUGGAGUAGUGGCAGAUAAAGGUAGCCUGGUUAUCCAGUGGAGGGACACAUGGGCGCGCAGGCUCAGGAAGUUCCAGCAGCGCGAGAAGAAAGGCAAGUGCAAGAAGCCAUAAGCAGGAUGAGAUGGAGACGAUUCUGAAGAGGGAGAUGAUUUCAAGAAAAAAAGCUGAGCUGGCAAAUAUUAAAAAAGAAAUAAAUAAAUAAAUAAAAAGAAUGGAAGAGUGACAGACAGAGGACCAUGGACAGAAAAGAGACUGUUUAUGUCGCUGCUUUUUUGUGUAGAAGCAUGAAGAGAAUUAUUUAGGAUGAUAUGUUUUUUUCAGUCGAACUUUUGUUGAAGGAGCUCACCUGGCAGAUUUGGUUUAUUUUACUUUGAGAUUCCUUUCUCUUGUGGAUUUGCACCUAUUACCAGUAUAUAUCAUUAUUUGUUUUGUUCUCAUUAUCCCAAUAUGAAAUCCUUAUAUUUUAUGUUUGAAUUUUAUGGACAUUUUCCGCUGUUGCAAAAAUGACAGAAAGCCACUUACCUACCGCUGCAACUUUGCCUCUGCAUGUUGUCUUGGAAAAUUGUAUUAUUCGCUAAGAAGUGAGCUUGUUUCAACAAAAGAUUUCACUGUUGAGUGGCAAUUGAGGAAGUGAUAUGUAGUUCCUUUAUUGAGAUUUGUGCCAUAAAUGCUAUUGUUUCUAAGCCACAGAAAUGCACACAUUUAGCUGUGAAAGACUUGCCAUUCCUUUCCUGUCUGAAUUUAGUUAUAUUAUGCAAUUCAAGCAACACUAAAUUGCAUGUCUUACAUUUUCAUCUGUCAGGACUUUUACAGUUUUACAACAUGCAAGUGACAGAAAAGAAUCUAUGACAGUAUUGACUUUUAUUUUCAAUCUAAUCAAUCCUGAGCGUCCUUGUUACUUCAACCAGUGCCCCUCAGAUUUCACAGUUAAGCAUUUGCCUAAACCUGCAUGUGAGAUUGUAAUGUUCACUAAAUAGUGCUGCUUGUGGUACUGUACUAAUGUUCAAUUUCUGAGGGAAAAAAACAUUUAAAUCACUGAUUUUACCUUUAGUAGUUACAGUAACUGUGAUAUACUUUGUGUCACAAAAAAAUAGAAGCUUUAACAAGUGACUUGGGAAUAAGAAGCCAGCUACAUUUUAUUGAUAACCUCUUUACAAAAAUGUUCAUAAAAUCCUGAGUUGUUCCUAAUAGACAUUAAUAAGAAACUACCCUCAACCGCUUCCUUCCUGUCAUGAGGCGUCACCACAGUGGGGAGCUUUGGAGGUUUGAUUCGGUUUUAUGCCGAAAGCCCUGCCUAACGCAACCCCAAAGGGCAUUUGGGAUGUGAAAUCUUGUUUGUUUUUCCUUUCAUCAGCAAUGCUUGCUCUGCCACAAAUGAUCAGAACUGUGAAAGUUACCCAAUGUCUGUUGUUGUGUAAAAUGGAUGCAAUGUUAAAAUUGUGCGGGUGAAAGUGCAGCACUGCAGCUGCUGGUACUGCAUGUUCUCAGAGGAUAUUGACAAAGACAAAUAGUAUGACGCAAGUGCAACAAUGCAAAUAUUUAUAUGAUUUACCUCUUCAGACAUGUGUUCUUUUAAACCAACUUAUGGAAAGCUCGCCACAGUAUGUCAAAAUCUUCAACAAUGGGUAUGAGUAGGACAAAGGGAGAAAAAUGUUGCAACUGACCCCCUGCCUGUUACUACCACUAAAUCUGAAAAGAUGAUCUGAAAGAUCUUCAGGUUGUAGAAAGCACAGAGUGGAUACAAUGAAACAAAUUUCUUACCUUAUGUGGCAGAGAAAAUAAUCCCUAUAGUGAUGAAAAACUGAAGCUUAUUGCGCCUUAAGAAAGUGCUCAACACGCUUACCUAAAUUUACUUUUAGAAUCCACCUCACAGCUUGUAUUCGUCUGUAGCACUUCCUGCAGUGUGGUGGGAUUGCAUAUAAACUCAUUUACAGGGCACACUCUUUUGCAAACACAAUGCACGACUGUACGCUCAGUAAAAGAAACGAAUCAGUAAGAAAAAUGCCUGCCAUGUUAAUUCUCUUCAUGUCAAUACUUGCAAAGGGACAAAUGGGGUGCAUUACAAUAACUUGUCGCUGCUUGAUUCAAACCACUUUGUGUGCAGUUCAGUUUGGAUUUCUCCAAGGAAUGCAUGGAUAAAAAUGCUCAGGUUUGUAAAAAGCCCAAAGUGUAUUUGAUUUAUCAUGAACUUUUUAUCUUUUGAGGCCAAAUCACAACACCGUGAGCAGUAUGUUUGUGAGACAAUAAAACAUCAUGUUAAAUGGGCGAUUGUUGUCUCACUAAAGUUACAUUUAAUUUCUAACGCUCAAGUGAGUGUAAAGAGGGAUAGACAAGAAACUUUCAAACUUUCAUAAAAAGGAGAUAAAGAUUUGAUACCAGUAUCUUGGAAACAUCCUCAAUUUUGUAAUUUUACUUAUAGUAAAAAUCCUAGAUGAUGACAAAUUGAGCAUAUUGAACUGUGAUACAGAAAAUGACUGUACUAGUCAAUAUUGACAUUUUUUUUUAUUGUUCAAUCAGUUUAAUAUUUGUUAUCGAUACCCAACAUGCUGCUACAUGAUGGCGCCUUCUUGAAUUCUCCAAAACUGAUAAUCACAAUAUUCUGACAUAUACACAAAAUUUUUGCACGGUACUGCAUUUCAUUGUUAAACCAACAAUGUUAUGUGUCAAAUUCUUUUUUUUUUUUUUUAACUAUUUUUAUUUGGCACAGUGUAAUCCAAAAUGACACGACUCUGGUCUCCAUAGCUUCUAGCUGUAACUUUGACAUCCGUCUCCUGAGCAAUGGUUUGACAAGCUUCCAGAUGAAACGCUAUACACAUACACAUCAAAGCAUUGCUUUGUGUUCAUACUAUGAAUUGUAAAUGUUGUUUUCACCAUUGCAAAGUCUUUUGCAAUGUUUUACAAUGCCUACUAAUAUAUUAUGGUUAUUAUAUAUGAAUAUAUUUAAUGACACAAGACAUUGUGGAUUUUAUUGUCUUUUUUUUUUUUUACUUGUUUGUGGUUAUUUAGAUCGUUGUUAUUAAAAGAAGGAAAUAAUAACUACUGAACACACCAAUCUGGUAGAACUAAAUUCAGAUUUUCAGAAUAAAUAAACUCUUGUUACAUUGAAAAA